AUGUCUCAGAGAAAGUACGUCAAGAAGGUUGCGAUUGUUGGAGCAACCGGAACGGUUGGAUCAUUCAUCGUAGAAGAGCUUCUGAAGCUAGGGAAGCAUGAGAUUACUGCUAUCACACGUAAGAGCAGCUCGGCCGCUAAUUCCGUCCCUGAAGGGGUAAAGGUCGUCAAGGUGGACUACGACGAAGAAUCAACAUUGGUGAAUGGAUUAAAGGGUCAGAAUGCACUUAUUAUUACCAUGGACACGAGGGCUUCCCCAGAUACGCAGUCAAAGCUUAUUCGUGCUGCCGCCGCUGCUAACGUACCUUUCGUAUUACCCAAUGAAUGGGGAUGCGACAUGGCAGACGAAGCCUUGGGAAAAGACGUCCUCAUAGGGGAUAUUGAACUUUCCUCGCGAAAUUUAGUCGAGGAGUUAGGCAAGAGUUCAUGGAUAGGUGUGGUAACGGGGUUUUGGUACGAGUAUAGCCUCGGCUUUGGAAAAGAAACGUACGGUAUGGAGUGGAAGACACGGACUUGGACAUUUUUCGAUAACGGCGAAACCAAGAUGAACACCACUACCUGGCCGCAGGUAGGAAGAGCCGUAGCCAAGCUACUCUCUUUGCCAAUUGAACCUGAGAAGAAAGGGGUCCCGAACUUGUCGAGUUACAAGAACAAGUUUGUAUACGUGUCUUCAUUCCAUCUUAGCCAAAAAGACAUGUUCGCCGCUGUUCUCCAUGCUACAGGGACCAAAGAGUCGGACUGGAAAAUCGAGUACGAGGAAAGCGAUAAGCGUUUCCAAGACGCGAGAAAACGACUGUUUGGUGGCGAGACGCUAGCCUACCCUCAACUUCUCUACAGUAGAGUCUUUCGGGACGGCUGUAACGACUUCGAGGGUAAAUAUGGAACCGUUGCUAACGAUGUCCUGGGUCUUCCCGAAGAGGAUCUUUAUGAGGCCACUAAGCGUGCUAUUGACCGUGCGGAAAAGGGUCUCAAGUACCACCAAACAAGGCACCAAGAUAGGCACAAUUGA